AUGGCACCAUUUUCAUACCUAAGACGAGCUACUGAUGCUAGGAUACUUCGUCGACUGUUAAGCCUUGACGAGAGCGCGCUGCCGCAAAAAAUCAAAUUUGUGGCCGCCAAGGCGCUUGGAGCCAAACAGCCAGAUGUGCACGACAGCUGUGAUACUAACUCUCAAUCAUUACGGCAGAAGGCUUUUAAACGCCACGAUGUCGCAAAAGGCGAUCUCGCAGCCCUUAUACAAGAAAGGGUGUCACACACCUCCCCGGAAGAAUGGACGACAAGUGCAAUAAUAGCCGUUGUCUAUUACCUAUCAAGGGCACAGGUGCCAUUACUAAGAGAUACUGAAGAUAUCUUCCGCCGGAAGGUCGCGCAAACUGAUGAACUCAACUUAAUAGACAUAUGGCAAGCGCUCAGUGCCGCCAGCGCGUUACGAGUUAACAUCCCAGUGGAGAAUCUGAAGAGACACAUUGAAGUCAACACUCAUCAGCUACUGACUGGGGCAAGAUGUAAAAACGUCUCAUCGGCGUUAAAUGCGAUAUCAGCAUAUGGCGAGGCUUUGGCGACCAGUACCUUGGUAAACAUUGCAAAGCAUUAUCUUACGGAUAUGCAACAGACGACCGAUUUCAAGGAUGCUUCUAACUUCGUAAACGCACUGGUGUUGCAAACCAGCUUCACAAUGAAGGAAAGGCGAAAUCAGUUGGGGGAUCCCAAAGAAACGGGACAACAGGAUAUAUGGAAAUCCCUCAUCAAAGCAGUAUAUGACGUAAUACAAGAUUCUAACGAACGCAUGGAACCGACAUGUAAUGAUCUAGAGGGGAUGGCAGACGUACUAGAUGCAAUGGUCAUGUUCAAUGACGUGAACCACAUCGACGAUCUACAGUAUACUCAGACGGUACAACAGAUACAUAGAUUGGUGGACAAGAUACACAAAUGUCUAAUAGAGUCCCUGUCAGUGGUGGACUUACAAUCACAUGCGCCUGAAGAUAAUGACAAAUUGUCAAGACGUAACGUUGAACCAAGGGUACUCAGGGUGAUACUGCGGUGUUUGAUUAGCGCGAGGCUAAACCAUAAGGGGCUACUUGGAGCUAUUGUAGAUGUCUAUCGCAAACGACCUGAUGUUUGGAGCGCUCAAGGAACCGCAGACAUACUGCACAGUGUCGUCUUUUUUGGAAUACAAGGACCAGAGGCAAGAGAUAUUGCAAAACAUAUGAUAGAAAGACACAAAAAUGGAUUAUACCGCCAUGUAGACCCGAAUGAAAUCAUAGUGGACGCCUGUGUACUGGCUGUGCAGGACGAUACAGAGCUGUGCCAUAGACUCGUUGCAAGAAUACUAGAGGAAACAAUUAAUGACCACGAACUGGCACUAGCAAUGCUUGUUAUGCAACUUAGCAAUAUAGGGUAUGCUAGGAUUCCUCUCAAGACGAUCGCAAAGGCAGCGCAAAAUGCACAAGCCAUGCCUCAUAACCAACAGGAAAAACAGAUGCAAGAGGAGGCGAAGCGUGAGAGCAUAUUGGAAGCUAGACGCAUGACACUACGCACACUAUUGACUGUGGAAGCGCAAGAGAGACUUAACCGUAUAGCUAUGGUCAAGCCGGAGAAAGCGACACAGAUUGAAAACUUCCUACUACAGACCACGUUCAAAUCUGGAAGACGCAGUAAAAUGGGAGACGACGAACUCAAACAUCUUAUAGAGGUAAGCGAUGACCUGCAUAAGAUCUAA